UGUUGGGGUAGUUUGCAAACCCUACAAACUAUUUACAUUAAGGUAAAAAAUCUCUUACAAACAUGUAAAUGCGUGUGCAGUCUUGUCUUGACCAAACUGGGAAUCCUGAUUUAUUGAUGUGUGUCUGUGUAUUAUGUAUAUUUUUUGAUUCUUCCCUGUUUGUCAUCAAUGAAGCGCUUCUUCCUUGCUUUAUGAGACUUCAAUCUCGCGCCUAGGAGCCUGAUAUAAACUGUCCUAGCAGUGCACUUCACACCUGCGCUCAAUGUUUCCCAUUCGUUUUGAAGGUUACUUGAUUCAUCCUCGGAUUCAUGAGAAACUGUCAGAUAAUUUAACAGUCACCUCUGGCAAUAGAAAAGCCGCUUCUGCCCCCAGGUUUCUGGUCGUUCCCAGUGUCUCCUGCUUUACUUUAUUCUUUGCGUACUGCUGUCUUAGAAAUGUUGAACCAGGAAGCAAACUGCUGCUCGGCCUAGGCUUCUGCCAGCAGAACCAGGAUUAAACCGGGAUUUAAAAUGCAGAUUUGUUUAAAAAUAUAAAGUGAUCUUUUAACUUUUCCCACGGCUGUAUGUGAAAAUACAUUUUGGGCGGCUGUACGCCCAGUAGUGCUAUGCUACCUAUUAUAUGCUGUGUACCGUAUUGUAUAGCAGUGUGACCACCCCAGCCUCACACACAUCUCACAGUCUCACACCUAAAAGUCAGUGCAAUUAUCCUGUUCCAACAUUCAACUAUUUCGCCAUGACCUUUUUUGACAGAACCUAGCUGUAAGUAGGGAACGGUCCGUAUAUGUGUUCUAAAAGAAAACUGGACGACAGGUCUUAAAAUCCUCACCUUUAUUCAGUCAUACUCGGUAAAAUGUGGUGGAAUUGAUUUUUUUUUCUUGUACUAAGCAAAUACGAAUUUUGUUUUGCUUCAUAAUCUGAAGAAGAAUGUUGCAAAGGGCAGUAACGACAUUACACAGCAGCCUCGACAAGCAUGCCAAUAAACAGAUUCUUUAAAAACACACAGGCUUAGGUUUAACACAGAGGUGUUACUCCACAGCACUCACUAAGUGUAAAGUACACAAUGGUGUAGCUGUGUUAUUAUUAGGGGGGGUCUGUGUAUUGCGAGGCUGGUGAAAGAAGAGCCUGCCUGCCUGGUGAGUACAGUUCAGCUGUGGAUGGUGUCAUGUUACACAGGAAGGGAGGGAUUGACUGAGAGGAGAGGAGAGGAGAGGAGAGGGAAAGGAGUUCACAGGCUUUGAUUCACGUUAGUACCUGAGGGAAACCGUUUCAAGGACACAGCUCUACAGACCCUACAAACAGCAGUGUGGAUCAUCUGUCAGAAUCUCCACAAUCGGACAUCUCCGUACACAUCAAAUAAGAGCCGGUUAAUUAGCCCCAGUGAUGGCGGAAGCUCAUCAGGCGGUGGGCUUUCAGUUCACCGUCACCCCCGAGGGAAUCGACCUCCACCUGAGCAGGGAGGUGCUGAAACACAUCUACCUGUCAGGCGUGACGUCAUGGAGGAAGCGUGCAAUAAGGUUCAAGAACGGAAUCUUGGCUGGGGUGUACCCAGCCAGCCCCUCCAGCUGGCUAAUUGUCGUCAUAGCCAUAAUGAGCACCUUGUACGCCAGAGUGGACCCCUCGAUGGGGAUGAUCGAAAGCAUCAAGAAAACCUUGCCAGUAAGUGACUAUUUGACAGUCCAGACACAGACCAUAGUGAGUGCCAUACUGUUCGCUACGGGACUGUGGUUCUCUAUUAUUCUGGUGCUGCGCUACACACUCAAAGUGCUUCUUUCCUACCACGGCUGGAUCUUCGAGUCGCACGGCAAAAAGAGUUUCUCCACCCAGUUGUGGCUGCGUCUAGUGAAGAUAUUUUCCGGCCGCAGGCCCCUGCUGUACAGCUUCCAGGCUUCGCUCCCCAGGUUGCCGGUUCCCAGUGUGGAUGACACCAUCAGAAGGUAUCUUGAGUCAGUGCGCCCUCUGCUGGACGAUGAACAGUACAAGCAAAUGGAGAUCGUCGCAAAUGAAUUCAAGAAGGACCCGGCCCCUAAAUUACAAAAAUACCUCGUUCUCAAAUCAUGGUGGUCAACAAAUUACGUCAGUGACUGGUGGGAGGAAUACAUUUAUCUCAGAAGCAGAGGUCCCAUUAUGGUCAACAGUAACUUCUACACCAUGGACCUGCUGUACGUCACCCCCACUCACCGGCAGGCCGCCAGGGCGGGCAAUGUCGUCCACGCCAUGCUGCAGUACCGCCGCAAACUGGAGCGCGGGGAGCACACCCCGCUGAGGGCUCUGGGGAUUGUCCCCAUGUGCUCCUUCCAGAUGGAGAGGAUGUUCAACACCACCAGGAUCCCUGGUGUCGAGACAGACUUCAUCCAGCACUUGAAGGACAGGAAGCAUCUAGUCGUCUACCACCACGGCCGCCUCUUCAAGCUUUGGCUGUACUAUGGUGGCAGGCACCUGACUCCCAGCGAGCUGGAGGUGCAGUUCCAGAGGAUCAUCAACGAUCCCGCUGAGCCCCAGCCUGGGGAGAAGAUGCUGGCCGCGCUCACGGCAGGAGAAAGGGUCACAUGGGCCCGAGCCCGACUGAAGUACUUCAGCCAAGGCACAAACAAAGCAUCCCUGGAUGCCAUCGAGACCGCGGCCUUCUUCCUGACGCUGGACGACGAGUCACAUGGCUACGACCCUGAGAACAUCAAGUCCCUGGAUGUGUAUGCCAAGUCUCUGCUUCAUGGGAAAUGCUAUGACCGGUGGUUUGACAAAUCCUUCUCUCUGGUCAUCUACAAGAAUGGCAAAAUGGGGCUGAACGCGGAGCACUCCUGGGCGGACUCGCCCAUCGUGGGUCACAUGUGGGAGUACGUCCUGGCCACUGACUGCUUCCAGCUUGGGUACACGGAGGAGGGGCACUGCAAAGGCGACCUAAAUAAAAACUUGCCACCUCCCACAAAGCUCCAAUGGGACAUUCCGGCUGAGUGCCAAACUGUCAUUGGCAAGUCCUACGCUCUGGCCAAGGAGAUCGCAGAUGAUGUCGACUUCCAUGGCUGCCUGUUCGCUGACUUUGGGAAAGGCCUGAUUAAGAGGUGCCGGACGAGCCCAGAUGCCUUCAUCCAGCUCGCUCUGCAGCUCGCACAUUUCCGGGACAAGGGAGAGUUCUGUUUGACCUAUGAAUCCUCAAUGACCCGGAUGUUCAAGGAGGGCCGGACAGAGACGGUGCGUUCCUGCACUUGGGAGUCCACAGCGUUCGUCCGCGCCAUGGAGGACAAAGAGAAAACUAACGAGAUGAGGUUAGAGCUCUUCAGGAAGGCUGCGGAGAAGCACCAGAACAUGUACCGGUUAGCCAUGACUGGCUCGGGCAUCGACCGCCACCUCUUCUGCCUUUACAUUGUGUCCAAAUACCUGGGAAUCAACUCGCCAUUCCUCAAACAGGUUCUCUCUGAGCCGUGGAGACUGUCCACCAGUCAGACGCCCCAGCAGCAGCUGAACCUUAUCGACAUCCAGAAAUUCCCCAAAUAUGUUGGUGCUGGAGGGGGGUUUGGGCCGGUGGCUGACGAUGGGUAUGGCGUCUCGUAUAUCAUCAUUGGCGAGGAUCUCAUCACGUUCCACAUCUCCAGCAAGUUCUCCAGUCCAGAGACGGACUCUUACCGGUUUGGCCAGAACAUCCGAAAGGCUAUGAUGGACAUCCAGGCUCUGUUUGAUAUUAAGACCAAGAAGCUGUGAGACUGAGAAGAUACUUACACACCUAUGUACCAUAUGUCAGACGGCAUGCAUCUUCACCUAAACCAUUAGCAAAUGACUGCAGGCUUCCAGGAAUAAUUACCACUGUUACACACUGUAUAUCUGAAAAAUUAUUUUUCCUUUGUCUUGUGGUAUAAAAACAGCGAUCAGUUUUGUUUUAUGAAGUACGUGGCACGGGUCUACAAGUGGAACAAAAGUCGAUGCAUAAGAAUAUUCUACAUACUGUAUUCGAGUGACCAAACUGCCGAUGGAAACUAACUGGUCAAAUACACCCUAUAUACAUAUAUACAUGGUAUAAAUAUGGUAUUUUGUGAGCAUAUUGUGUAAAUAUUUUUAAUCACCUGCUGAAACAGAUCAAAUUUAUUUUAAAUGUGUAUAUAAAAUUCUUGGAUUUAAA